CAUCAUCUGACUGCAUUGGCAACAACAUUUUUCGCGAUGUCUCAUCCGGUCUAUUACAAGGAUGGAGAAAAAUAUAUCAGCAACGAUGUCUCGGGCGUCCAACCCCCGCGUAGACGCUCGAUUGAGGUUAUUAACGCGCUGGUGGUCGAGGAUCAUACCCACGAAAUCAGACUCAGAACCAUGUCCUGGCAAAAGGCUGCUUGGCUGCUCGCCGGCGAUCAGGUCUGCCUCGCCAUCAUGGCUCAAACAUGGUCCCUCUCCGUCCUCGGCUGGGUUCCUGGCAUCAUCACCAUGGUCGCUGCUGGAGUCCUUUUCUGGAUCACCUCUAUCACGAUGCACAAGUUCAUCAUGAAGUACCCUGAAAUUAUGAACAUCUGUGAUUUCGGCUACUACAUUUUCGGCAAGUCCCGAGCCGCCUAUGCAUUCAGUGGCUUCAUGCUGCUUGCCAACAACAUCAUCCUCAUCGGCUUUCACAUCCUCACUGGCGCCAAAGUCAUCAACACUCUCUCGGACCAUUCACAGUGCACUGUCGUCUUCUCUGUCAUCGUCACCCUGAUGGGCAUCGUCAUGUCGAUCCCCCGGACUCUUCACCAUGUGUCGUUCAUGUCCAUGUUCUCCGCUUUCUGCAUGGGAAUUGCCAUUCUGCUUUUCCUGGUCUUUGCCGGUAUCGAGGAUGCCCCUGGGUAUGGCUAUGGCGGUAGCUACCCUACCGAAGGACCUGUGAGGACUUAUGCCUUUCCCCUACCCGGCACCACAUGGGUGGACUGUCUAAAUGCAACACUGAACAUCACAUUUUUAUGGGUCCCACAAAUACUGUUCCCAACGUUCAUCUCUGAGAUGGAACGGCCCCAGGAUUUCCCGAAAUCUCUCGCUGUCCUCACAGCUAUUUCUGCCUUCCUCUUCAUCUGCCCGCCAGCGAUCGGGUUCCAUUAUUUGGGUCAAUACUCGACCGCUCCGGCCUUUGGAUCUCUGGGACCUCUCGUGUACAGAAAGGGGAGCUUCGCCUUUGUCAUUGUGCCGACGCUUGUGAUCGGGGUCAUUUACGCCAACGUCACGGCAAAAUUCCUCUAUACUCACAUCAUGGGCACGUCACGACACGCCCACAGCAAUACAGUCAUUGGAUGGGGUAUAUGGGGCUUAGUCAUGGCAGGGAUCUGGCUUGUGGCUUUCAUCUUCUCCGAGGUCGUUCCGAGCAUGGGCGACUUUUUGUCUCUGCUUGGUGCUGCCUUCGACUCGUUCUUUGGGUUCAUCUACUUCGCCAUUGCUUAUUAUUGCUUGUAUAAGGGCAAGCUGUUUGCUGGCGUCGGCAGGUCGAUCAUGACUGCAAUUCACGUUUUUGUUAUGGUAGUGGGUCUUUUCUUGCUCGGUCCCGGCCUUUACGCCGCAGUAAAGGCAAUCAUUGCAGAUUACUCUGGAAGUACGACACCAGCUUUCAGUUGCGCCAAUAUGUCUAUUUAA